AGUAAUCAAGUAAUCGAUUGUGGUAGUGAAAGACGCUCGAAUUAAAAAGCACGUCUUGUAUUAUCUUUGUUGAGUGAAGUAGAUAAGUAUUUAUUAAUUGUGGACUCUUUUUGUGAAAUGCAGGGCCAACAGGUCGCUGUUAAUGCUCAAAAUCAAACAAAUACAGCGAACAACAGCGGAUUACCUCUCGGCCAGGUUAUACUGAAAAUGAACGAUAGUAUUCCAAUGUCUUCCGUCGGGCUUUUAGAACUUGCCCACCGCGAGUAUCAAGCUGGAGAUUACGAAAAUGCAGAGAGACAUUGCAUGCAAUUAUGGAGGCAGGACCAGACAAACACAGGAGUACUUCUGCUUUUGUCCAGCAUACAUUUUCAAUGUCGGCGGUUGGAUAAGUCGGCACAAUUCAGCACAUUAGCAAUAAAGCAAAAUCCUUUAUUAGCUGAGGCAUACAGUAAUCUUGGAAAUGUAUUCAAGGAAAGGGGCCAGCUUCAAGAGGCUUUGGAAAAUUACAGGCAUGCGGUCCGGUUGAAACCAGACUUCAUCGAUGGUUAUAUUAAUUUGGCAGCGGCCCUUGUCGCCGCUGGUGAUAUGGAGCAGGCGGUACAAGCAUAUAUCACUGCAUUGCAGUAUAACCCAGAUCUCUACUGCGUUCGUAGCGAUUUGGGUAAUCUCCUAAAAGCGCUAGGUCGUUUAGACGAAGCUAAGGCUUGCUACCUAAAGGCCAUAGAAACUAGACCUGAUUUUGCAGUCGCCUGGAGUAAUCUGGGGUGCGUUUUUAACGCGCAAGGGGAGAUCUGGCUGGCCAUCCACCAUUUCGAGAAGGCCGUCGGCCUGGACCCCAACUUCCUCGACGCUUACAUCAACCUGGGCAACGUCCUCAAGGAGGCCAGGAUCUUCGACAGAGCGGUAGCGGCAUACCUACGUGCUCUGAACCUCUCCCCCAACAAUGCGGUCGUACACGGCAACCUGGCCUGCGUGUACUACGAGCAGGGGCUCAUCGAUCUGGCCAUCGACACCUACAGGAGGGCCAUCGAGUUGCAGCCCAACUUCCCCGACGCCUACUGCAACCUUGCCAAUGCCCUCAAGGAGAAGGGCCAGGUGUCCGAGGCGGAGGAGUGCUACAACACUGCCCUACGUCUUUGUCCCUCGCAUGCCGACUCGCUCAACAACUUGGCCAACAUCAAGAGGGAGCAGGGCUACAUCGAGGAGGCCACCAGGUUGUACCUCAAGGCCCUGGAGGUGUUCCCAGAGUUCGCGGCGGCUCACAGUAAUCUGGCUUCGGUGCUCCAGCAGCAGGGGAAAUUGAACGAGGCGCUUAUGCAUUACAAGGAGGCCAUCAGGAUUCAGCCUACUUUCGCCGAUGCCUACUCGAAUAUGGGUAACACCCUGAAGGAGAUGCAGGAUGUGUCGGGGGCCCUCCAGUGCUACACCCGUGCCAUACAGAUCAACCCGGCGUUCGCCGACGCCCACAGCAACCUGGCGAGCAUCCACAAGGAUUCCGGCAACAUUCCAGAGGCCAUCCAGUCGUACAGGACUGCUCUGAAGCUGAAACCGGACUUUCCGGACGCCUACUGCAACCUGGCCCACUGCUUGCAGAUCGUGUGCGAUUGGACGGACUACGACGCCAGGAUGAAGAAGCUGGUGAACAUCGUGGCCGAUCAGCUGGAUAAGAACCGCCUGCCUUCGGUCCAUCCGCAUCAUUCCAUGUUGUACCCGUUGUCGCACGAUUUCCGCAAGGCCAUCGCCGCUCGUCACGCCAACUUGUGUCUGGAGAAGAUAAACGUGUUGCACAAGUUUCCUUACAAGUUCUCGACGGAACUGAAGGGCAGGUUGAGGAUCGGGUACGUCAGUAGCGAUUUCGGGAACCACCCGACUUCCCAUUUGAUGCAGUCGGUGCCGGGACUCCACGACAGGACUAAGGUGGAGGUUUUCUGUUACGCUCUGAGUCAGGACGACGGCACGACUUUCCGCAGCAAAAUCUCGAGGGAGGCCGAGCACUUCAUCGACCUGUCAAGCGUGCCGUGCAACGGCAAGGCGGCCGACAGGAUAUAUUCCGAUAACAUUCACAUUUUGGUUAACAUGAACGGUUACACGAAGGGGGCCAGGAACGAGAUCUUCGCCUUGAGGCCUGCCGCCGUCCAGGUGAUGUGGCUGGGAUAUCCCGGCACGAGCGGCGCCAGCUUCAUGGAUUACCUGAUCACGGACGCGGUCACUUCCCCCAUCGAACUGGCGAGCCAGUACAGCGAGAAGCUGGCUUACAUGCCCUACACGUACUUCGUGGGCGAUCACAAGCAGAUGUUCCCCCACCUGAAGGAGAGGCUCAUCGUGAGCGACAGAAACGGACAGAACUUGGCGGAUAACGUGGCGAUAAUCAACGCAACCGAUCUCUCGCCGCUGGUCGAGAACACCGACGUUAAGGAAAUCAAAGAAGUGGUAAAGGCAGCUAAACCCGUGGAGAUCAGCCUUAAGGUGGCGGAACUACCCACGACCACGCCCAUCGAGAACAUGAUAGCUUCCGGCCAGGUCCAGACCUCCCUGAACGGCGUCCUGGUCCAGAACGGCCUGGCCACCACCCAGACCAACAACAAGGCGGCUACCGGCGAGGAGGUCCCCCAGAACAUCGUCAUAACGACGAGGCAGCAGUACGGAUUGCCGGACGACGCCGUCGUCUACUGCAACUUCAACCAGCUGUACAAGAUCGACCCCGUGACCCUGCACAUGUGGGUGAACAUCCUGAAGGCGGUACCCAAUGCCGUUCUGUGGCUGUUGAGGUUCCCCGCGGUAGGAGAGCCGAACUUGUUGAACGCCGCCCAGCAGCAGGGCUUGCCGCCCGGCAAGAUCAUCUUCAGUAACGUGGCCGCCAAGGAGGAGCACGUCAGGAGGGGGCAGCUGGCCGACGUGUGCCUGGAUACGCCGCUGUGUAACGGGCACACCACCAGCAUGGACGUGUUGUGGACUGGCACGCCGGUGGUGACCCUGCCAGGAGAGACGUUGGCUUCGAGGGUGGCCGCCAGCCAGUUGAAUACUUUGGGAUGUCCGGAAUUGAUCGCGAGGUCCAGACAGGAGUAUCAGGACAUCGCCAUUAAGUUGGGCACGGACAAGGAAUACUUGAAGGCGAUGAGGAACAAGGUGUGGACGGCGCGUUCGACGUGUCCCCUAUUCGACUGCAAGCAGUACGCCCAGGGACUGGAGCUGCUGUACUUCAAAAUGUGGGAGCGGUGCGCCGCCGGCCUGAAACCCGACCACAUCACCGACACGACCGCUAAGAAAUAAUCCGUCAUUCUCUUACUCAAUAUGAAUUUAUUUUGUACGAUUGACAGUAUUUAAUAUUUAAUACCAGAUAUUUUUAUCACAUUUAUUUAACGUAGGACUAGUGAUGAUUUCUUUUCUUUCUUUUAUUUUUUUUUUUGUUACUAGUGACAUUGGACUGGGCUCGGAUCGAGCUCUGUUAGUUACGCGAUAUAUGACUUGUGUAUAUUUUUUUAGCUUAAGGUAUGUAAAUGUGCAAAGUUACGGUACGCGGCCGCCACUCGCGGCCCCAUAUAUUCUUUAUUUAUGAAAUUAUAUUUCCAAGAGUUACAAAUAAACCGUGGAUGUUUA